AUGGAUAAAGUCUGCAACGCUUGCGAACCCUUCCUUCCCGGACUCACCAAGAGUCUGUCCUCCUUCCUUUCCAGUCUCGAAAGCAACCUCGCAAUCUUACUAACGGCCUCCGCAACCAACCUCCACGGCCUCAGCCUUUAUCUCUCUUCCGCUCCAUUCUCCUCCAACCUCAACUCCUUCUCCACUCGAUUUAACCUAUGGUAUACAACCUUAGGCGAUCAUCUAUUCAUUCCCCUCGCCAUCUUCUUCUCCUUCCUCGUCGCCGUCUCCCUCUUUCUCCUUUUCACGUUCCUCGCCCACCUUUACGUCGGUGUCGAUCCAAUCCUUGUCGAAUUCCCCCUUCCUUCACCUUCGUACGACCCCUACGCCGACGAGCAAAGCAAUUCCUUCAGCGACCCAGACGUCUGUCCGCAGCUCGUCGCAGAAUCAUCCGACCAAACUCUCCAUGCCGUAAACCCCUCCACCGGCGAGACCCUGGGCUAUGUCCCCGUCCACUCCACAGAAGCUGUCGAUGAAGCCGUGUCUCGUGCCCGGGAAGUCCAGCCCAUCUGGGCCGCCACCACUUUCGCCCAACGCCGAUCUGUCAUGCGCGUCCUGCUCAACCACAUCCUCCAUGAGCAGAAGCGCCUUUGUGAAAUCAGCCGAAGAGACAGUGGCAAAACCUUGCUCGACGCCUCCCUCGGCGAGAUCAUCCCCACCAUGGAAAAGCUGCGCUGGGUCAUCGCCGAAGGCGAAAACGCUCUCGUUCCCGAUCGCCGCACAGUGGGUCCGAUGACCAUUCACAAGAAGGCCACUGUAGAGUAUAUGCCGCUGGGCGUUAUCGCCGCGAUCGCGCCGUGGAAUUAUCCGCUGCAUAACCUUAUGAACCCUGUUAUCGCCUCGCUGUUCGCGGGUAACGCAGUCGUGGUCAAGCCUUCCGAGCACACCAGCUGGUCCUCGCUCUACUUUGCCCGCCUCGUCCGCAGAGCGCUUGCGUUAUGCGGGCAUUCGCCAGAGCUCAUGCAGCUUGUCGUUGGCGAUGGCGUCGUCGGUCAAGCGCUGGUUAACGCUGAUAUUGACAAACUGUUCUUCACGGGUAGUACAAUCAUUGGGCGUAAGGUUGCGCUAGCAGCAGCAAAGAGGCUGCUUCCUGUCGUGCUUGAGCUCGGUGGCAAGGAUCCCUUCAUCGUGUGUGAUGACGCCAAUGUCAAACACGCAGCCACUAUUUGCUUGCGUGGCGUGUUUCAGAACGCUGGGCAGAAUUGCAUCGCGGUUGAAAGGGUUUUUGUGCAUGAGGUGGUAAUGGACGAAUUUGCGGGUCAUGUAGUGGCGGGCGCGAAGGCUAUCCGACUGGGGGUAGAUAUGGGUGCGAUGACAAUGGGGGAGAGUGCGCUGGCACAUGUAAAGGACCUUGUGGAUGAUGCUGUCAAGCAGGGCGCGGAGUUGUUGGUGGGGGGCAAGGCAGCGAAGGUCAAUGGGAAGGGAUCUUUCUUUGAGGCGACGGUACUAAAGGGAGUAACGCCGAGGAUGCGCAUUGCGAAAGAGGAGGUAUUUGGCCCGGUCGUGUCCUUGAUCGCAUGGAGCAAUGAUAACGUGUUGGUGAAGAUGGUCAACUCUUGCCCGUUCGGGUUGGGUUCUUCUGUCUACUCUGAAGACAGUGGUCGUGCCGACACUAUCCUAAGUGCCAUUCGGGUGGGAAUGGGGAAUGUGAAUGAUUUUGCUACGAACUAUUUGUGCCAGAGUAUGCCGUUCGGUGGGACAAAGGAAUCCGGUUCGGAUAAGUUUGCAGGAAUCGAAGGUCUGCGAGGUUGCUGCAUCGCCAAAGCUGUGACUAGAGAUCGCUUCCCAGGCGUGAAGACGACUUUACCAAAAGCUUUUCAAUAUCCUACAAGACCAAAUGCCUUCGAAAUUUCGGCAGAGAUAACUGACCUUGUAUACGGGAAGGGUAUUUUGGUGAAAUUUGAUAACGUGAGGAACUUGCUAGGUAUGACUAUUCGUCGCGGAUGGCGACCACGGACGACGGCCAGCGGUUGACGUCUGAAAGGACGAGUGACGGGGUUAAAUCUGAAAUAUCCGCCUAUUGAAGAGGUAAAAACAGUAACUAUUCAACA